AUGUAUUUGUCUGGCCCCAGGUUUGAGUACCAGGUCCGACCAGGGCUUCCGAAGCGACAGCAUUGGGGCUCUCCACGGGAACUCUUCGUGCCACAGAAACCCACAUUGUCGGGACCCGGCCUUCAUUUGCCAGCUACGUCCCAUACACAAGCGGGACCUGAAUCUCACGCGCGUUUGUGGGCCAACUCAUUCCCCGUCACACAAUGUCCUGACUUGAUAUCACAAGUGUCGUUCGUCGCCAGUCAUCCGUCAGUAACGACACACAACCCCCUCGUUCAACGAAGUCCAGUUGGAAGGGCUAAGCAAGCGUGUCACGCACCACGUUUCCCUGCUACGGAUCACUUCUUCGGAUACAAGGCUCUACAGGGUAAAGAUGGCAACGUGAGGGCCGUGUUUCAGAGGUGGAUGGAACACCAUCCGCCAGCGACGCACAAAGACGCUCAAAAUUUCCAACAGCGAAAUAAGGCAGCGUUACAGAGUGGGGCCACGACGCCCAAAAAAGUCUCAGCGUGGAGAAGAAGUAAUCCGGUUCUUCGUGCACGACCUCAGACCUCAUCUCGGCCUGUGUCGACGCGACCUGUUGGCAACGACCCAUUCUUCUCGUACGGUCACAGGAACCGUGCGCAGCCGGGCGUGGCUCCGCUCAUACAAAAUAUCUACGGUGUUGAACAUGUGCAAGAAUUGGCUCGAAAAUAUGAAGCGCAGCAGAGCAUUCGGAAGGCCGAGGCGAAGCAAACAUGGCGGGUCAAACUGACGAAAGCUGCCUAUGGACACUCACUCGGACGCUGCCGGCGAUACCAGGAAGUUUGCAGCGUCCGUCCUCCCCACGAAAAGUGUUCAUUAUUACAACAGCAAACGGCUGAACCGAACGGGCGCUCGGAUGGGGCUGUGAGCCAGUUUAAAAUCAAAAAAUUCGUCAAGACGCCACCGCGGAUUACAACGCGGUGGAAACAAUGUCCGACCAGAGAAAUCUCUGAGUGA